UGGGUGGCCUAUGCCCCCUCCCUGGUGGCUCUCGGGUGUUCUGGAUGCUUCCGGGUAAAAUAGGAACCUGGGCGUUGAUUUCGUCCGAUUCCGAGAAUAUUUCGUUACUAGGAUUUCUGAAACCAAAAACAGCAGAAAACAGGAACUGGCACUUCGGCAUCUUGUUAAUAGGUUAGUUCCAGAAAAUGCACGAAUAUGACAUAAUGUGUGCAUAAAACAUGUAGAUAACAUCAAUAAUGUGGCAUGGAACAUAAGAAAUUAUCGAUACGUUGGAGACGUAUCAAUACACCGGUUUGGAAAUUAUCCAUCUUAGGUGGUCUAGUAUUUUUGAAAAAUGUGUUGGUACCAAUGUGAAACUUUAAUUUGGUGGUUGCUUCACAAAACACCCCGUUUUCGGUACCUCGAAAAUGGAAGAUGUCCUAGGGCGUGUGCACCAACGACAUCUUCUAGAAGCUCCGACAAGGGAGCUUCCGAAGAUGUCCUAGGGCUAGCAAGGUCUCCGUCGCCUAUCCCGUACUCUCCACCGUGCCAGCAUUCUCCACCGCUGCAGCCGUCUCCAGUGCGUCAGCCGUCUCCGUCGCCUCUCCCGUCUCCAGCGUGCCAGCCUUCUCCGCCGCCGUGUCAGCCUUCUCCGCCGCCGCAGACCACUAAGUCUCACAGCCAAAAGCGGAAGCAUACCAUCACCACUCCGGCAAUGAGCCGUAACCGAUCACCCAAACGUCGACAUGAUCCCCUCCCAAGAGUACCUAAGGUUCCUCCUAAGAGACCUUACGACUAUACAGAAGAGGAAAACAAGGAUUAUUUCAGUUAUUCAAUCAAGAUGCCCACGACAAAUCUAUGAUCAGUGCCUAUUGUCUAAUGAAGAUCCGCGAAUGCCGAAUUGGACAAAUCUAUGACAUUGGGUUCGUUGACCCAUAUACCGUGCAUGAGCAUAGUGUCCAACACUAUCCCAAGGACACAGAGGAUAACUUGGUAUCGGCGUUAAGGCAACACGCACACAAAAGGGAAAUACUAUUUUCUUACAACUUCUCGUUUCACUUUAUCCUGCUAGUCAUUGAACCUGCCGCCGGAGUAGUAGAAGUCAUGGACUCGAAAAGUAAACCCCUUGCGGCGUGGGGGGACAUGGCUGAUAUUCUCCAGAGGGCUUGUAAACGGUUCACCAACAAGGCUCCGGGUGUGUGGAAAAGCGAGCUUGAACUUAAACCUGUACCGGUAGUUUUCUUGUGGGCAUCAGUUAUAGUAGUUAAGGAGGGUAUUACUGACCAACAUGCCAGGAUAUUGGCCUCCCGUGAAGCUCUCAGCCUUGCACUUGAUUUUCAUGUUACUGAUAUGAGCAGAGUAGAGCAGAGGACUCUGUCCGACGGUAUCCUUACGAGCUCCCCGACCUCCAACCUCGCUUGCUGGCCCUGA